AAAUAACGCUGCUCCGGACUAUUUGUGUUUGUAACCGUCCGCGGGAUGCAAUGUGUACCCGGUGAAGUUUAACUUGCGUCGACACGUUAUAAACAAUAGUCUAAUAAGCUGGACCCAUGCUAAGACGAGUAAGGGCCGAAACUGCCCGAAAAGAAAUCUCACCGAAGAGAGACUGUCCUAUGUCAAGUAGAAAUUCUGUAAAAAUGUCGACGGAUAAGGCCUCCAAAGAGAAAAUGGAUCUAGAGACGCAGAUCGAGAACAAGAAAAAGGACCUCCAGGAACAUGAAAAAAAGCUUCAGGAACACGAAAAGAAGAUGCUGGAACUACAGGAGAUAACCGGUGGCACGUACAAGCCGUCGUCUAAGGCAGAUUCAAAAUUUUUAGAUGAAAAAAGUCGAAAAUGGGAAGCUGCCGUUAGGGAGAGAGAUAGACUCGAGAGAGAAUUGGCUGCCUCCAGGGCGGAUUUAGCUGCUGUCAAAAGAACUCUGGAUUUGGAGCGUCAAGAAAGGCGCGAUUUGGAAACCAGAACUUUAGAGCUUAUAAAGGCAGCAAAACGGAAAUGGGAGGCCGCAGAAAAAGAAAAGAUAACACAGUUAAAUAAGCAUAUAGAAACACAGACUGUACGGAUUACAGAUUUAUGCACUAGCAAUAAUGAGAUGAGUUCUAGAUUACAGCGAACAGAGUCUGAACUUAAUACUGUCAAUGCUGAGCUGCACAAGUUAAGAGUAUUCCAGGUCCAGUACAAAGAAUCUUUAGCAAAGACAAGGGAACUAAGUCGCCAGAGUGCUCAAGGAGUAGAGGAUAAACUUGAAGCAAUAGCUUCGAGAGCACACAAUCAAUUAGCAGAUAUUAGAGCCAAAUUGGAACUUGAAAUAGCGAAGAAUGUAGAUCUGGAGUCUAAAUUACGAAAUGAACAAGAUGCCAAUCACUGUCGUUUAUCAAGACUUAAUAUUGCUUUUGAAUUGUCACAAAGCGAACUUAAGGAUUGUCAGGAACAAUUGAGGAGUGUUCAAGCUACAAUUCCAGCACGUGAUGCUGAAAUUGAAACAUUGAGAAAUGAAUUAAAAGAAAGGUCCAGGCAAUUAGAAAGCGCAAUUAUGAACGAACAAAAUGUCAUACGUUUACAAGAGCAGCUACAGAGGCUAAAACUGGAAAACAAAGAAUUAAAGGAGCAACUAGAAGUUACCAAAACUGACUUGAAUGAGACUGUAAUAACCUUAGAGCACAGUGAGAGUCUUGCAUUGAAUUUGGAACGUGCCACACAGGAUAAAGCUGCUCUGCAAAGAAGACUUCAGGAUUCUUUGGAUAAAGAAGAGGAGCAUUUACGCAAAGUAGGGAAUCUUGAAGAAUUGUUGAGUCGUUUAGAGAAAAGUGUAACUAAAUUAGAAGCUGAGAACGCUAGUCUCAAGCAAGUUGAUGAAGCCCAACCCAGCACAAGUCAGUUAUCAUAUAAAGAAGCUAUGCAAAAGAUCAGCUGCCUAGAACAGCAGAUUGUAAAGUUAGAACAGCAACUUCAGACUUCCCGAGAACAUGCGGCAUCUGAGCGGCAGAUUGCCAAACAGGCUCAAACGAAUCUGUGGAAAAAGGAAAAAGAACUCUCUGAUGCGAACCUGGACAAACGUAUUGCCCUGCGAGAAGCAAAAACCGCGGAAGAGAGAUUGAAAGUGCUUCAAGAGGAUAAGCAAAGAUUAACGAAACAGUUGAACGAUAAAUAUAAGCUGGAAGAAGAAAAAGCUGUAAAACUUCUUAAAGAAUUGGAAACAGCUAAAUCCACAUUGGACGACAUUAGCAAAGAUUCAUCGCGAAACAAAUCACUAGCAGAUUCAGCACAAAAGGCAUUGACUCAGACGAACAAGCAAAUAGAAGAGUUGCAGAACUCAAGUGCAUCCUUGCGUCGUGAAUUAGAUGCUGCUCGUAAACAAAUGCGAACAAAUCAGGAUCGCGCUGACAGUCUAAAUGCCGAGAAUCAGCGUCUUAAUCGUUCAGUUGCCAAAUACAGUGAGGAGAAGAGUGAAUUGGAAGCCAAAGUUGAGAAACUUCAACAGGAGAUCAAUGGAUACCACGUAAAUAUAGAGCUUCUGAAGGAAACCUGUACUGUCCUAGAGGAGCAGCUCACCGAUUACGAGAGAUUAACGAGCGACCAUGAAACUCGUGAAAAUAUGCUCAUCCAAGACAAAAUGAAACUUCAGAAGGAUUUGGAAGCUGUAGAAGGACACUUACGUGAAGCGCGCGUUGCUCAAAACGAGGAAAAGACUAAAAGAUUGGUAGCGGAAAGAGCCAUCGAAAGAUUAGAAUCCGAAACUAGCGAUAUAGAGGACGAACGUGAUGGUUUGGCCACUCAACGAGAUCAGUAUAAAAAGCUUGCUCAAGAUCUGAGUAAACAGGUUGCCGAAUUGUCUACUAAAUGUGGAGAGCUAGAGUGCGACUUGUCUGCAAUGGAACGCGCCUUGGAGACAGCUAAGGGUGAAGCCGUGGUAGUUAAAGAAGAGAGUUCAGAGCAUUUGACAAGAAUGCACGAACUGAAGGAUGCGAACGUGACACUUAUGAUAGAUCUGCAGGCUAGUGUGGACCAGGGUCAGGAACUGCGAGGAAGGAUAGCAGAAUUGGAAAAUGUACUUGAGGAAAUGAGACAGUUUUAUCAAGAGAGAGAAGUUAAAGCUGAAAGCACGAGGCAGCAGCAUACAAAACUUAUAGAUUACCUGCAGUUGAAGCUUGAGGAAGUAAGCAAGAAAAAGAAGAAAAUGUGUGAUAAAUUAUUUGGGGGAAAACAUGAUGAAAAUUUACCACCAUCGGGUACUGGAAUGCCUGUGGGGUACAGAGAAUUAGAGAAUCAGUUAAGCAGAGAAAGGGCAAAAGUUAAAACUUUAACUGAUCAGUUACUAGCAUUGAAAACUGCACAAGCUUCCUUGUCGGUUCCAAAUUCACCACCUACACCAGAAACUAGAAGAGCUCUGACCUACCUGUCCGAGUCACCAGGAGAUGCUCUGGCUAGAAAGCCAUCUCUACAGAGGAUGAGACACAACAUACCUCAUAGAUUUAACGUUGGUCUUCCAAUGAGAGCUGGCAAGUGCGCCGCCUGCUUGGAUUCCAUUCAGUUCGGAAAACGCGCUGCCAUCUGUUCUGAUUGUCAAAUCAUGACACAUCUUAAAUGUUCUGUGUCAGUCCCAGCGACAUGUGGCCUUCCUGGUGGCUUUGCUAAGCAUUUUAGUAAAACUUGGAAAGCUAGUGAAGAAAGUUUGUCAAGCCUAACGGAUAGUGUUCAAACUUUAUCUUUGGAUCAGCCAGAUAAACCAGAUUCGGAUUCUCAAACUUUGCAAAGCAAUGGAAAUGAAGUUUUAAUGGAAAGUUGGGUAAAGUUACCUGGGCGUGCGAAAGCUUGUUGGGAAAGAAAAUACCUUCGACUAGAAGGAUCAAGCUUGUGUACAUAUGAGCACCAACCAAGUUCAGGAAUGUCACCAAUCAGUCGAUUAGACUUAAAUGAAAAGAAUGGUUUCACGAUAUCAGAAACGGUUCAGCAAGCAGAUGUCGCUGGCACUGCUAAAUCUGAUUUACCUUUCAUCUUGAGGGUUGAAUCUAAUCAACCCUCGACAUGUUGGCCAUCAUCUAGGCUAGACAUAAUGGCUUUAAGUCAGAAUGACAAAAAAGCUUGGUUGAAAGCCUUAAAAUCAGUUGCUAGUCAAACUAUAUCUGGAAAACUUACUAAGAGCAAAUAUCAAACUAUCUUAAGAUUGGACAAAAAUCAAUUGGAUUUGAACUGUGCUGUGGAUAUAGGCCAGGAGAAAGUACUUCUUCUUGGUGCCGAAGAAGGUCUAUUCUCUUAUCAACCUUCCAAUUCACGUACCCUUACUGCUAUCCGGGGUGUAAAAAAGGUACACCAGCUUUCACUACAUCCCCAACUGGGUCUCGCUCUGAUGAUAGCCGGAGAGGAUAGACAGCUGGUUUCCUGUGACUUAAGACAAUUAAAAAGUAAUGCUUUAGCUGCUGAAUGUUCUCGGCCAGCUAUAAAUACAAGACCGGUACUACCUAGUGGCGACAGUUGCCAUCUUUUCCAGGUACAAGACGACAUGCUAUGUGCAGCCACAGCCACUCAUGUCAUUUUAUUGAAGUGGGUCGUCGGAGAGGAUUCGGGUGAAUUCGUGAUAGUUCAAAAACGCGAGACUCAAGAGCCUUGUAGUUGUGCGAUGUUCACAAAAAAUUUACUGAUUGUAGGCUGUAAUAAAUUCUUCCAAAUUGACCUGAAGAAUUAUUUGGUAGACGAAUUCCCAGAGGAUGAUGAUAGCUCAGUUAAAGGUGCUAUUAUCGGUGUGGCUAGACUUGGCAUCUUUCCUGUGUGUGUUCUAAACGUUUCGAUGGUACCUCAGGCUGUUGAACUUCUACUGUGUUAUAAUGAGUUCGGUGUAUUUGUUAAUGAAAACGGUCAAAGGACACGAGGUGUUGACCCAACUUGGAGUCAUCUGCCAUUCGCUUUCGCAUUCAGAAAGCCAUAUCUUUUCAUCAUACAUUUCUCAUCCGUGGAAAUAGUCAAACUGACUCAAGAUUCGUACACCUCACAUUCACAGAGUCCUGAGCGUACUCUUAUUGAAUUGAAUAGUCCACGUUAUCUAGGAUUAGCUGGAUCGAGUAGCAUUUAUGUGUCUACAGUUAAUUCGAUUUUGGAGAUUUUGAAAAUCAAUGGAGCUUCGAUCAUGGAGACGAUAAGCGACAGUCUACCGAGCUUGGAUACUAUAGGACAAGAAGACGAUAGCAGCUCAGAAUUUAGUUUCACAUCAAGCCUAAUGGAGGCUCUUGACGGUCAAGGGAAAAGAGUACAUUUUGCUGAUAUCACUAAUUUAUCGAAUAAGAAUCAAAUUUUUGUAGUGCUACUCGUUGGGAUACGGUCCUAUGCGAAAAUGAAUAACGAGGUCGAAGAUCGAGAUCAGGUGGGAAACAUUCAAAGAACUGUUGAAGUCGACCCUGGUGAAGAGGCGGUAAUAUCUGGGAUAGCUGGCAGGUACCCGGACUCGGACAACGUGAAAUAUCUCCAGGAGAACCUAUUCAACAAAGUAGAUCUAGUUACGGACGACGACCGCAGAUGGAAAUUAGAUCAUCCGGAAAUUCCUCAGCGUACUGGAAAGAUCAACAAUGUGGGCAAAUUUGAUUCCCUAUUUUUUGGUGUACAUUUCAAGCAAGCUCAUACCAUGGAUCCCAUGUGUAGAAUGCUAUUGGAGCAUACCUAUGAAGCCGUAAUAGAUGCUGGAGUGAAUCCAAGGCAAUUGCGUGGUACCAAAACCGGCGUUUUCAUUGGUGCCUGCUUCUCUGAGUCGGAGAAGACCUGGUUCUAUGAGAAGCUACAGGUAAAUGGAUUUGGUAUAACUGGGUGCAGUCGUGCUAUGCUGGCGAACAGGAUAUCAUACUGGCUAGGUGUUACUGGUCCUAGCUAUACAGUAGAUUCUGCCUGUAGUUCAAGUCUCUUUGCCAUGGAACAUGCUUAUAGGGCAAUGAGAGAUGGACGCUGCGAUUCUGCCAUAGUUGGCGGUGCCAAUCUCUGUCUUCAUCCUUAUGUGUCGCUUCAAUUCUCUAGAUUAGGAGUCCUCUCGUCUGAUGGACGCUGCAAGUCAUUUGAUGCUGAUGCUAAUGGUUACACCCGUAGCGAAUCCGUGUCCGUGAUUUAUCUUCAAAAAGCAAAGAAUGCUAAAAGAAUAUACGCCAGACUUAUUCACGGAAAGACAAACUGUGAUGGUUUCAAGGAACAGGGUAUCACGUUUCCAUCUAGUGUGAUGCAGAGUGUACUUCUUCAAGAGUUUUAUGUAGAAUGUGGAAUACCACCGAGUAUAAUAGCUUUCGUAGAAGCUCAUGGUACAGGAACUAAAGUGGGAGACCCUGAAGAAGUUAAUGCUCUGGAAAAGGUUUUCUGCCCAGGUAGAACCUCUCCAUUGAGGAUUGGAUCUAUUAAAUCAAAUCUUGGACAUGCUGAACCUGCUAGUGGUCUAUGCUCUAUUGCCAAGGUAAUCAUAGCAAUGGAGUCUGGUUAUCUGCCACCUAAUCUUCAUUACAAACGACCUCGUGAAGGGGUCAAAGCACUGGAGGAUGGUAGAAUCAAGGUCAUCUCCGAUGUUACACCCUGGGAAGGCGGUUACGUGGGUGUCAAUUCAUUUGGUUUUGGGGGUGCCAAUGCUCACAUUCUAUUAAAAUCAAAUCCUAAAGAAAAAAUCAAUGGCUCAGCUCCUACAGAUGAUUUACCUAGAUUGAUCUUUGUCUCAGGACGCACUGAAGAAGCAGUAGCCUCUCUGUUGGAUGACAUUGAAAGCCGACCGGUCGAUGUUGAACAUGCUAGACUAUUUCACGAUAUACACGCAGAAGAUAUACCUGGACAUUUAUACAGGGGAUACACGAUAAUGCCACCUAAGGGGAUACCAGAGAAUCCCACCAGGGAGAUACAACAUUAUCCUGGUGCUAAGAGACCUGUUUGGUUUGUAUUCUCUGGAAUGGGAUCUCAGUGGCCUCGCAUGGGCGAGGCUCUGCUGAGACUCCCUGUAUUUGCUGCAGCCAUUAAAAAGUGCGAUGUUGUCUUAAAACCCCGUGGAGUUGAUAUCUAUGAUAUUUUGACUAACAAAGACAAGAAGACAUUUGACAACAUUUUGAAUUCUUUUGUUGGAAUUGCAGCAAUUCAAAUCGGAUUGGUAGACGUGUUAACUUCACUGGGUAUUGUACCUGACCGCAUAAUCGGCCACUCUGUUGGUGAACUUGGUUGUGCCUAUGCUGAUGGUUGUUUCACAGCCGAGCAAAUGAUUCUCUCAGCAUAUUCUCGCGGUUUAGCAUCCAUAGAAACAAAAGUAAUAUUCGGUUCAAUGGCGGCUGUUGGAUUAGGAUAUUCCGACCUUAAAGAUAUGUGCCCACCAGAUAUUGUGAUAGCUUGUCAUAACGGGCCAGAAAGCUCCACCAUAAGUGGACCUGCAGAAGCCAUGAAAGCAUUUGUAGCUAAAUUGCAGGCAAAUAAAAUAUUUGCCAAAGAAGUACCGUGCAGCAAUAUUCCAUAUCACAGUCGCUACAUAGCACCAAUGGGACCUAAACUCCUGGCAUACUUGCAAAUGGUCAUUCCUGAGCCAAAACCACGUAGUUCCAAGUGGUUGAGUUCGUCAGUGCCCUACAGCGAGUGGUCCACAGCCAUGGCAAGAUUAUCAUCUGCAGAAUAUCAUACCAAUAAUCUAUUGAGUCCCGUUCUAUUUGAAGAAACAUCAAGCCUCAUACCUAAGGAUGCUAUCACUGUCGAAAUAGCUCCUCAUGGGCUUCUGCAAGCUAUCUUAAGAAGAUCCUUGCACGAAGGAGUGACUAACAUAGCCCUAACUAAACGAGAACAUCCAGAUAAUGUUGAGGUCCUUCUACAAGGUCUAGGAAAACUAUAUGACGUGGGUUUGCACCCACAAAUAUCUAAAUUCUAUCCGGAUAUUGAAUUCCCGGUCAGCCGUGGUACCCCAAUGAUCGCACCAAUGAUCAAGUGGGAACACUCGGAAGACUGGUACGUCACAUCUUAUAGAAUGCAAGAGAAGAUUGUUUCCGGCGAGAGGUUGGCUGAGGUCACGUUGAGUGAUGAGGAUUACGAAUAUAUGGCAGGACAUGUUAUCGAUGGUAGGAACUUAUUUCCUGCUACUGGUUACUUAGCACUCAUAUGGGAAACUGUGGGGAUGAUGAGGGGUGAACUAUACACUGAAGUCUCGAUUAUAUUCGAGGAUGUGAAGUUUCUGCGAGCAACCACAAUUCCUAAGGAAGGAAUAGUGGAAUUAACUUUAAUGGUUCAAAAAGGUACCGGAAGAUUUGAAGUAGUCGAAGGUGGCGCUGCUGUUGUAACAGGUUUCGUAAGGGCCACAUCAAAUCCUUCCCAGGAUCAGAUAAGCAAGUCUUUUAUUGACGAUAACAAUGACGAAGAAGAAAAUAUGACAUCCAAGGAUGUAUACAAAGAACUGCGCCUUCGAGGAUAUCAUUACUCAGGGAUGUUCCGUAGCAUUAAAUCAGCCACUAUUACUGGUAGCAAAGGUCACAUAAUUUGGACCAAUUGGGUAGCGUUCAUGGAUAAUAUGCUUCAGAUGAAAAUUCUUGGUGAGGACACAAGAGGACUCUUUGUUCCUACAGGAAUUCAAAAACUAGUCGUAGAUACAAAGACUCACCUGAACAUGAUCCGCGCAAUAUCCGAGGAAGAAAAACUCUUCCCCGUACGCGUCUGCAAGAGACUAGACGUCAUAACAUCCGGUGGUAUAGAAAUUCGUGGACUAAAAGCCAGUGCCAUAGCUCGUAGAAAACCUACAGGAGAACCUGUUCUAGAACAGUAUAAAUUUGUUGCUCAUCGUGACCUGGAGAAACUCUCCCUAUCACAAUGUAUUCAUCUUGCCACUAAUUUGGCUUUGGAAAAUAAUUUUGGCAUCAAGAUCAAGACCAUUGAGGUGGUGAACGAUAAUGAUAACAUUACUGUAGAGAACCUUGUCUCACCAUUCAUUUUGGAAACAUUAGGCAACAUUCCUCUGAUUCAAGCUGAUGUUAACAUCAUAGCAUCUGCUGAAAAAUUCGAGGAAGGUACUAUACCACAAACAAUAGUGAUAAAUGACCCUAAGAAACUUGUUGGGGAGAUGAACGCUUUGUUGGCUGUGGGUCAAGGACUUCUCACUGAGAAUAAUGAAACUCUCAAGCAAAUUUUAUUUGCUCUAAAAGAUGGUGGCUUUGUUAUAAGCCGAGAAUCAAUCGGAAUACAGGAAUCCUUGGCGAAAAGUGAGAUUGCCGGAUUUGAUAUUGUUCUAGAGAAACAAACCGAUAAAGAACUCAUAGUUCUUUUACACAAAAAGGACAAGAUGCCACGGAAGAAUAUUGUCAUAUCAGUAUCCAAUGACAAAUUCUCAUGGAUUCCUGACGUGCAAAAUACAUUGAAAGAUGACUAUGAAAGAGAUGUUUCUAGUACCACAAGGGUUAUCCUAGUUGGUGAAGGUGACUUUGAAAACGGUCUUCUUGGUUUAGUAAACUGUCUCAGAAAGGAGCCAGGUGGUGAAGCAAUACGUGGUGUACUAAUCCAGGACAAAAGUGCUCCUAAAUUCUCUCUAAAUGACCCUCUGUACUUUAAUCAGUUAAAAUUAAAUCUAGCUUUAAACGUUCUUCGUCCAGGAAGGAUCUGGGGAUCGUAUAGACAUAUCCCUCUACCACCUGCUCAAUUAAUUCCAGUCCAUCACGCUUUUGCUAAUCAACUGGUACGAAGUGAUCUGUCAUCACUACAAUGGCAAGAAGGUCAUAUCGAAAAAGGAUUCAAACAUAAAGACCUAGUCCACGUGAUAUAUGCGCCUCUAAACUUCCGUGAUAUCAUGAAUGCUACUGGAAAACUUGCUACGGAGGUAAUUGCUCAUAGUAGACAGGAGCAAGAAUGCGUGAUAGGACUUGAAUAUUGUGGAGUAGAUGUUAAUGGCAAACGAGUUAUGGGUAUGCUGAAUAGCAAAUGCAUAACCAAUCUUGUUAUAGCAGAUAGAAAUCUCUCCUGGUACAUACCAGAUCAUUGGAGUCUGGAAGAAGCUGCAACAAUUCCAUGCGUAUAUUCAACGUCCUAUUAUGCUCUCUACAUAAGUGGAAAAAUGAAGAAGGGUGACAAGGUCUUGAUCCAUGCAGGGAGCGGAGGUGUAGGACAGGCUGCCAUAAACUUGGCAUUGUAUGAAGGAUGUGAAGUAUUCACUACAGUAGGAACACCAGAGAAAAGAAGAUUUAUUAAGGAGAGAUUCCCUGAAAUCAAAGAUGAUCAUAUUGGCAAUUCUCGAGAUACUAGUUUCGAGCAAAUGAUUCUACAACAGACCAAUGGUCGUGGGGUUGAUAUAGUUCUGAACUCCUUAGCUGAAGAGAAGCUACAAGCAUCUGUGCGAUGCUUGGCACAUGGUGGACGAUUCCUUGAAAUAGGAAAAUUCGAUUUGGCUGCUAACAAUCCUCUUGGUAUGCUCGCUUUCCUAAAGGAGAUUAGUUUCCACGGUGUCAUGCUGGACCAUGUAUUUUCUGCAUCGACUGAAACUAAGGCACGGCUUAAUAGUAUAGUGCAGACAGGAUUAAACAAUGGUGCGAUUAGACCUUUGACCAGCCGUGCAUUCCCUAGGGAACAACUAGAAGCCGCUUUUAGAUACAUGGCAGCUGGUAAACAUAUUGGCAAGGUUCUAAUGAAGAUUAGAAAAGAUAAAGAACCUCUAGACUCUCCCAUUCUGGCACUCCCACGCUAUCACUGCUUAGAAAAUAGCAGUUACAUAAUUCUUGGAGGAUUAGGAGGUUUUGGAUUAGAACUAGCUGAUUGGCUGGUGCUUCGUGGAGCAAAAAAACUCUUUCUAACAUCUCGCAGGGGUAUUACAACUGGCUACCAAAGGAUGCGCAUACGAUUGUGGGAAAGUUAUGGAGUGAAAGUCACAGUAAUAGUUGAAAAAAAUGCAGCCGAUCGAAAGGACUGUGAAUACAUUCUCAAAGUUGCCGCCAAUGAUGCGCCAGUAGACGCAAUAUUUAAUUUAGCUGUAAUUCUGAAGGACAGCCUUUUCGAAAAUCAAAAUGAGGAGUCCUUUAUGGAAUUGAUAAAAACCAAAGCACAGAGUACAAAACACCUCGAUGAACUCUCCAGAGUAAUCUGUCCAACGCUACGACACUUUGUCGUAUUCUCAUCAGUUUCCUGCGGUCGUGGUAACGCUGGCCAGACAAAUUACGGUAUGGCUAAUUCCAUCAUGGAAAGGAUCUGCGAAAAACGUUCUGCAGAAGGUCUGCCAGGUUUGGCGAUACAGUGGGGAGCCGUUGGAGAUGUCGGAUUGGUCGCUGAAAUGCAAGAGAAUCACAUUGAAAUGGUGAUCGGUGGAACGCUUCAGCAGAGAAUAUCAUCGUGUCUUCAAGAACUUGAUGGAUUCUUGCAACAAAAAGAACCUAUUGUCUGCAGCAUGGUGGUGGCUGAGAAACGAGCAGGUGGUGCUGGAUCAACUGACAUUGUUGGCACAGUUCUGAAUAUUAUGGGACUCAAGGAUUUGAAAUCUGUAAGCCAUCAUACACCACUCUCUGAAUUGGGAAUGGAUUCAAUGAUGGCUGUAGAAAUAAAACAAACUCUGGAACGGGAAUUUGAAAUCUUCAUGACCGCUCAGGACAUCCGGGGCCUAAACUUCGCAAAGCUCUCUGAAAUGGCUGCUAAGGAAGCUAAAAAAAAAGCAAAAGUUGUUUCGGCAAACGGUACAGAUAUCAUUUCUGGGUUGAAAUUACUUAUGACUACAGUGGGGAAUUCUGACUCAAACCCAGAAAUUUGUUUCAAACUGGAAAGUAAGGAAGAAGAUGGCCGGGGUGAAGUUUUCCUUAUUCCAGGAAUUGAAGGAUUCGGUUCUAUCUUUAUAGAAUUAGCAAAAAAACUGAAAUCACCAGCAACUUGCUUGCAAUUAGGACACUGCAAAGCACACAAUAGCAUCUCAGAAAUGGCUGAUGAACUACUACCGUAUAUCCUAAAUAAAAUUAAGAAUCGCAGAGAUUUCGUAAUAGUGGGAUACUCCUUUGGAAGUCUCGUUGCAAUUGAACUUGCUAGAAGAUUAGAAGGAGAAGGUCUCAGUGGUCGUUUGGUGUUAAUCGAUGGUGCACCAAAAUUAAUGAAAGCGAUAAAAGAUCAGCAUUUAGGGGCAGAUAACGACGACAACCAGUUACAAAGCAAUGUCCUACUUGGAAUAAUGGAUUUAGUAGCACCAGCAGUCAGUACCGAGCUUGUUGUGACUUUGGAAAAAUAUAAUACAUGGGAUGAGAAAUUAGAGGAAUUCGUUAAGCGCAUGCCAACAGAAGUGAACAUAAAACAAGAUAAUCAAAGGGCAAUUUGCACUGCAGUUUACAAACGAUUGUUGGCCGUUGAUAAUUACAUUACACUUACAUUACCGCCCAUCAGAUCACCAAUAAUACUUUUGAAACCUACUACUCAGUCGGCACGCAUAGACAAUGAAGACUAUGGGCUCCGAACAGUAACAAGGGAUAAGGUAGAGAUACACAAUAUAAAUGGUAAUCAUAUUACUAUACUGGAUGAUUUCAAAGUAGCAGCCGCAGUAAAUGGUGAUCCGCUUGAUGAUGCUGUCUCUUUCAAAGCAAGUAUAAUGGAAGAUGGAAAGAUCUUAGCACCAAUUACCAUGGGAGAGAAUGAAAGAUCUUAGACAUAAGCUUUCACGGACUGGACGUAGAAGAAUUUUAUUACCGUUGCACAUUUUAUGUUGUCUUUAAAAGCUGUAAUAAUUAUUUGUAACGAUAUCGUGUUCAGUUAUAUCAUUAUUCUUUUUACAAUCACAUUAUUUUUCACAACUACAUUCACACAUACCACACUCAUGCGAUAACGUAUUCCGGAUUGCUUUAAUUAAAUUUAAAGAAGUCUGUGCCUGCUGUUAAUUUUAUUUCUUGUAAAUUGUACAGAAAGGUUCAUACACUUUCUUGACAUAAAAAUCUGUGACCCAGUGACAUAUUUUUUAAGGAAAAAUAAAACAAUUGUUAUAAGCAAUAAUCUCUAAUAUGUUCAAAAAAAUAAAAUCUUUUACACAUA